AUGAAUCUUGAUUUACUAAGUGGUACAAUUGCUUUAUUUUCAUCUUUAUUGCUAGGUCUAUAUUUGUAUAAAACAACAACAAAUACUAAAUUUUAUCCAGUUAGUAAGAAACGUUCUAUUAGAGGAUUACAAAAUCUUGGAAAUACAUGUUAUAUAAAUGCAUUAUUACAAGCUUUGGCAUCUUCUAAAUAUUUUACAGAAUGGAUUAUGAAAAUACCAAUAGACAACAAAAUGCAAGAAUGUGAUAGUGAUAAUUUAUCUGCCGGUGAAGUUAUAUCUGCUUUAUCAUUCCACAGAUGGAAUAUUUCAAUAGGUUAUGAACAAGAUCUUUUUGAACUUUUAAAUAUAUUUUAUACAAUUUUUGAGGAAGAAAUUAAUACUAUAGCUAAUUCAUCAAAUGCUUUUGAAAAAAUUUUAACAUCAUCUUUAUUUUCUAAAACUAUAAAAGAACCAAUUGAUACAUUAAUUAUUAAUCCAUUAGUAAGAAAUAUGUGGUAUAAAAAUGUUUCUUUUAAACAGUUCCCUUUUUUUGGAUCAAUCUGUACUACUAUUAGUUGUUGUGAUAAAAAUUGUUUACAUAAAGAAGUAAAGAUAGAUCCAGUAGGAGUAAUAUCAUUAUCCAUACCACAUGAUACAUUUUUAAAUACAUUUUCUUUGGAGUUUCUUCUUCGUAAUUACUUUAAAUCUGAAACUAUUAGUGAUGCAUCUUGUGACAAAUGUAUUAAAGAAAAAAAUAAAAAAGGUUCAGGAAUUUAUAAAAAAGAUUCUUUUUGUAAAGUAAGUUUAAUAAAAUUAAAAAAAUUCAUAGAUAAUAAUAUAUUAAUUAAUAAUAAACUUUUAACUCAUAAAAGUUAA